AUGUGUGGUUUUGGUGUUUACAAUUAUGAAAAUAAGUUCUUUCGGUAUGAAGGACAGUGGAGAGAAGGAAAGAAACAUGGUCAUGGAAAGCUAGUAAUGGCUGAUGGAAGUUAUUAUGAGGGAAGUUUUGAAAAUGGUGAAAUUGAGGGCCAUGGCUUCCGCUACUGGUCAUCGACAGGAAAUACCUAUAGAGGGCAGUUCCAUCUGGGCGAACUUCACGGCCAAGGAGUGAUGAACUACAGUGAUGGGGCUGUGUAUAAAGGGGACUGGUUCAGGAAUAAAAGACAAGGUUAUGGCAGCAUAGCUGACAGCAUGGGGAAUGUGUACCAAGGAUAUUUCCAUGAACACAAAAAGCAUGGAGAAGGCACUAUGACUUAUGUUAAUGGUGAUGUCUACGAGGGAGAUUGGGUGAUGGACAAAAGACAGGGACAUGGACAAGUGAAAUUCGCAGACACCUCUAUAUAUGACGGUCAAUUCAGAAAUGACCUGUUUAAUGGAGAAGGCACCAUGUACCAUUGCUCAGGCUUUGUGUAUGAAGGACUGUGGAUCAAUGGAGAACCAGCACAGCUGGCCACCAAGAUUGUGUUAGUUGGGACAGAGGAAGGGAACACAAUUGAGAUCACCCAGGGAGAGACAUUUGCCUUGCAGAUAGAAUGCAGGACUGAUGAGGGAGAGGUGGUGGAAGACCAAGGCCGAGAGCUGCAGGUGAUAGCAGGUGUGAGGUUCCAGCCUCCCAAGGAAAACACUCCAUCUGGAACCAGCAUUCUAGAAACUCUGGAAGAGAUGGAAGAGGCCACUGUGCCCACUCCAUUUGGAUUUGAUGUUGCAAGCUACCCAAUCACAGAACAGGAGGCGUCUCUGGUCAAAGACAUGGAGAGUGCUCUGUCCCUUCAAAAGUCAAACACCGCACUCACUGAGAACACCAUCAAUGAGCAGGAUGAGGACCCAGAGGCCGGAGAAAGGGAUAAAGAAGUGGACGGUGAGGCCGGAGAAGGGGGCAGCACACACGUUCAAAGUCGACCUGAGAGCAUAGCCCCCGAAGACCUCGGUGCAAAUGAAGAAGUCUCAGAAGAGGCUCUAGAGGGGAGUCCAGAGCCCCCACGUAUCACUAAUGUGAAGACGGAGAAAGGGACAGCCAAAUGGGAUAACCUCUACCUGCCCCCUGCUCCACCUGGGUACCGGCCUUUCUUGGUCCUAGAUGGAGCUACAGUAGAUGGAGCCAAGAAGUCAAAGUCAAGAGCUAGUAGCAGAGGAGAUGGCAGUGGACCUGGUACCAAAUCUAAAUCUCGUAUGUCGGUUACUCCAGGUGAUCUAGUGAGACCAGGGGACUAUGUUAUAGCUGUCCAUGAUGUCACCAUGCCACCAUGGCAGGACAAGCCUUUGGAGCCAGCAUACCUACUGGUGAAGGUCAAGAAGAAGAAGAAGCCACCCGUAGGAGACCAGGGGAAGAAAAAGAAGUAAGUGGACAUUGGCUGACCUCUGUGUGGAUUUUGUGUUCCAGUUUUUCUUUGGACUUUAACCAUAGCAGCUAACUUUAAUAUGUGUUAACAGUCACUGGUAGUUGUGUGUCAUUUGCUCUGUGUUUGUGUGAUUAAUUGGCAUUUAAUGCCCUCGUCCAGCCAUUUAAUACUGGCCUUUGUUUUAGAAGUUAUGAUAGUUUUUAGAUAUCUUAGAAACUAAAUUUCUCAUGUUUAUCUGCCCUUACUUAAUCUUCUGAAUGCAGUUUCCAUGAUUCCAUUGUGUUUAGAUUUCAGGGUUUUAAAAUCAAUAUCAAAAAGACCAUUCUGAAAAUGCAGGGGGAAAUAAGAAAAUCCAAACUUGACUUCUUUUUUUUAUCCUCACCCCUUUUUUUAAAAAGGAAAUGAAAGGAAAGGAAAUGUUGGAUAUGUUUUCUACUAAUUGUCAAAAAAAAAAAAAAAAAAA